AUGUCUAGUGUCUGCAAAAAAUGCAACAUCAACUUAGUCGAACAACAAUACACACAAUUUAAAAUGUGUGAAGACUGCCUCAAGAAGCUUAGUGAUGAUGUACCAGCUGUUGCUAACAAGAACAGUCAACUCUCAAGUGCUUCUGGAAAUCAUGCAUUUAAUAAUCACAUAUCAGUAGCAGACAAGAAGAAGGAAUCACAGGCACUUCGAAACCGCUUUGCUGCAGUGAAAUCACAGGAACGUCAAGGCCUCUCACGUCUGAAUCAAUCAGCCUCAUCUUUGUCUUCUUCUUCGAACCAACCAACCAUAUCAGCCACUCAAUCAUCAUACACUUUCACUGCUAAGCUCGCAAUGUAUCACCAUGGCCGUAUCAGCCAAACGUUCUUUCCUCAUCAUGCAGCAAACAUCAAACUUUUAAUCACUGAAGAGGAAACUGAUCAUCUUCUCUGGAUCAAAGCUUGCCGUGGAAUUUUUGAGCAGUUUUCUAGUGAAAUACGAGAAAUAAGGAACAACAUUCCAGCAUAUCCACUCUUCUUCCAAUCUGAUUAUUUCUAUAUCACAUCAACUACUCGUCCUCCUGUUAAGAUUACAACUCAAAUGAUCAAGGAACAUCUCAGCAACACACGUAAUGGACUUGAGCUUAUCUUUGAGGGUGAUAAAUAUGACAAAGAUUAUCCUUCGACCCAAGAAAAACUGAAGAAGAAAAAAGUAUCAAGCAAAAAACAACCCACAAAAAAAAACACGAACCUUCAACUUCUGAAGAAGAACUCGAUAGUGUUUCUAGCUCAGAGUCUUGUGUCAAAAAGCGAGUGA